AUGAAUAAUAAAGUAGAUAAGAAUCAUCUUCAUUCUAAUUUCUGGUAAAGAGUCUAAGAGGAAUAACUUGGUGUUACAUUCAAAUCUUCUUGGCUAAAUAAAAUUACUGAAGAUGCUGAAAUACAAUACGUAAAGGAAUUUAAAGUACUUUCCUCAUUCUCAUCUUCUAGAUUAAAACAGCCAAAGAUAAAUUUAAGCAUAUACUUUAAGUUCCUUUGAUUGUAACUGAUAAGUAAUUUUUGAGAAGACGUAAAACCUUUUAAACCUAUACUAAAAAUGCUACACUAGAUCUCUAUUAUCUUUAAUUAAAAAAAGCCAAAGGAUUAGGAAAGAGUAUUUCAGAAAAAGCUGAUUACAAUCAAGUUAUAUAAUAAACUAAGAAUAAUCGAUUAUAAAAUGAGUAUUUGAAUACAUUUAAAAAGAAUUAAGGAAUUAUGUUUAUUAAUUUUAUAAUAUCUUUAUAGGUAUGACAAUACAUUAUGGUCAGACAGAUAUUACAAUGGCAUAAUAUAACAAUCAAGAUUAGCUAAUUUACAAAAAGUCCUAUAACGUAAUAAAUUUAAAGGAAGAGAAGAACUUCUAGCUUAAUUUGAAUAAUUCUUUGCAAGUAAAUAACUUGUACCUGGAGCAAAAAAGUCAGUGCCAGAAUUAAUCAAAGAAAUCUCAACUGCUUUUGGAGACGUCAUACCAAAAGAUACAGAAUAAGAUGAUAAACAAGUUUAUUUAUUUCUUUAAUAAAGGAAGCUCAUGUAAGAGAUAAAUCUCUAGAUUUAUAGCGAAAUGAAAUAACUAUCAAUACUCGUCCUUGUACAUAAUAAGCUGCACUUAGAACAUCUACAGAACCUAGACCAUAAACUCAUCACAAUUAUUAUUCAUAAUAUAGCAAACCAAGUUUUGAUCUAAUAGAUACCAAUACAAGAUGUUCCACAAACUAAGUUAAAUAAAGAAAAUUUAAAUAAAAUGCUGUCUAAAGAAUCAAACAUAUUCUUACUUAAACAGAUGAUGUCUAACUUGAAAAUAAGCAAGUCUUUAAGUAAUUCCUACAAUAUUGCUUUCUAGAUAAUUGCAAACUUUUCAAGAUCAAGAAGGAAAUUAAGCUACUCAUAGAUCAGAAGUUAUCAAAGCCAAAGUCUAAAGAGAAUAAUUGAUAAGUGCUUUCUCAACUAGGAAUAAUGUUGAUGUAAGGAAGAAAUUUGAGAAAAGAAAAGUAUAUGCUGAAAUUGUAUGA